AAAUACAGAAUAAUAAAUUUCAUUCAGAUCAAACAGUCAACAACAUGUACAGAUAUCUAUGUUAUCUUUUGACUAUCCUAUCUGUAAAGAAUUCUGUUUUUUCAAUACCUACAGUGUCUUCCAAUUGGUGGCAGUAUCCGUAUCCAUAUGACGUACUCUCAUUAGCGGCAUCACAAGCAAAACUCCAACAGGAAAAUUUAAUUGACAGUUACACAGAGAGCACAGAACAAUCCUACGGUCAAAGACGAUUUAGAAACUGUUUGGAUCCAAAGAUUGGGAAACUAGGAAGAAAAGUUCGAUAUGGUUGUUCCAAGCGCCGCAAUAAAUCCAGACGAUUGAAUGGACUAUGUAACGAUUUUGAAAACCCAGCAUCAGGAAGUCUUUAUUAUCGUUUUGGCAGAAAUGUUCCCCUGAAUGCCACAGUUAGAGAUGAGAAGAAUUUGUACAACCCUAAUCCCCGUGACAUAAGUCGUACUUUGAUGAAGAGGAAGACAUUUAUUCCGGUAACCAUUGUUAAUAUCCUUGUAGCUGGAUGGGUACAGUUUAUGACCCAUGAUUGGUUUGACAGUGGCAAAAACGACAGGCGCAGACAUUUUAAUGUUCCUGUUCGAGAUGAUGAUCCAGAUUUCUGUGAUACAAUGGAGAUACCUAUGACCAGACCAGACAGCUGCAGAAAUUCUAAAGAUUACGAUACCUACCAAAAUACUGUAACACACUGGUGGGAUGCAUCACAGUUAUAUGGAAUUAGCAAAAAAAUAAAUCGUCGUAUCCGCACAAGAAAAGACGGAAAAUUAAAACUAACUUCAAAAGACCGUCUACCGAUUAAUCCAUCGACUGGAUUGCCAAUUACGGGAAGUUCCUUAAAUUGGUGGGUAGGACUAGGUAUAUUUCACGUAAUUUGGACGCGAGAACAUAAUUACGUAUGCAAUAUGCUUAAAGAACGAAAUCCAACUUGGAAUGAUGAAAUGUUGUAUAAUACGGCAAGACUCAUUAUUGCUGCAGUAAUUGCUAAAAUUCAUACGCUAGAAUGGACAACUGCUAUCCUGCAAAAUGAUGUUGCUAAGUUGGGACUAAAGUCUAACUGGUAUGGAGUAACUCCUAUUGAGAUUGCAAGGGGAAAUGCAACCUUAGCAGCAUGGUUAACCAUACAAUUUCCUCAGUUUUCUAACGGCGUACCGGGAGCUGUAGGAAACCCGAAAAACAUUAGAGGAGUUCCAUACUCGCUUACACAAGAUUUCAUCGCCGCAUACAGAUUACAUCCACUAUUACCAGAUGAAUUUGUAGUAAGAAGUCACCAAACAGAUGAAUUAGUUAACCGAUACAACAUGAAAGAUACAGUAUUUGAGAAGGCAGAGUCAGUUUUUGAAGAAAACUCAAUGGAGGACUUAAUUUAUACGUUUGGCAAUGAUUAUCCUGGUGCAAUGACUCUCCACAACUAUCCAAAUUUCUUGAGAAAUCUUGAUCUACCUAAUACAAGUCCUCAUGGAAAAGGAAAAGUAGACUUGGCUACAAUUGAUAUAUUACGUGACAGGGAAAGAGGAAUCCCGAGAUACAAUGCGUUCAGACGGCUGUUCCAUAUGACACCGAUCACCACAUUUGAAGAUCUCACCACAAAUCCAACUCAUGCCAAAGAACUUCGUCAUAUGUACAAUAAUGACGUAGAGUUGAUUGAUUUCCUAAUUGGAUCACUUGCCGAAUCACCACUUCCUGAGGGUUUUGGGUUUAGCGACACUUUCUUCAGAAUUUUUACUAUUAUGGCUCGAAGAAGAAUGGAAGCGGACAGAUUUUUUACAGACGACUACACUUCUGAAUAUUAUACUCAAUGGGGCAUUGACUACAUAGAUGCUACUUACAUGAAAGAUAUAUUAAUCCGCCACUAUCCUUCGCUUGCUUCACAACUGCAACCAAAUGUUGCAAACGUCUUUAUUCCUUGGAAAAGUCAAACAUCACUUGACAAAAAUUUUCCUUAUCCUUUAUAUUAACUUGAAAUAUCUGUUCGGAUGAAGUUCGUUCAAUAUACUUCGCAAUUUUGAUGAGGAUAAGGAAAGCAUUUCCUUAAAAUUUAGUGAAAGUGAAAGAUAUCUGUUGCUAAUCAUAUAUACUGUAUUACUUGACUGCUUUGAUGGAACAAUUAUAAUGACAAUAGAUUCUUUAUUUUCAGAAAGUGACACAGUUAACAAAACCGUUAAAACAGCAUGUGGUCUUCAACAUUUACAUAUCAAAAGAAUCCUUUUAUAAUAUUCUGUCAAUAAAGAUUUAUUUUCCUUCUUAGAAAUUUCUUCAACAAAUCAUGUAAAUACAGAUUUUUCUUUUAAACCAUCAUCAAAACAAUAUUAACAUUACUCC